AUGGUUGCCGAAGCUGAUAUCGUCAUCCUGGUUGUUGGGAUGGUAGGAGCUGGACGAAGUUCAUUUAUCAACCUCUUGCUCGAAGAAGGAGCACCCAAGAUGGAGGUCGGCCGGGAAGAGUCUCUGUUUCCAUGCACCACAGCGACCCAACAUGUCACAAUAGACUUUGCGCGGCGAGACGGCUCAGUCCAACGCAUUGCGCUAGUGGACACCCCUGGGCUAAACCAGCCGGUGAAGUCAGACGGCAAAGUUUUCCAAGAGAUUAUCACAUACCUGCGUAAAAGAUGUCGCCAAGGGAUUUCUCGAGGCGGCGUCAUCUAUCUCCAUGAUCUCAGCGACUGCCGAUGGAGGAAUAACAUGCAUGAUGAGCUUCGAUUGCUCAAUAGUGCAUUCAGAGAGCACGGAGGCAAGGUCCGCCAGCGAAUCUGCCUUGCGACCACGAAAUGGGAGGACCAGCGGAUCGAGAAGGGCAACCGGUCUGCACAACAGCGACACGAUGAACUAGCGAGGCAAACUCGAUGGGAAAGCCUCGUGCUCCAGUGCUGCAAUUCGUCGCUCUACCCAGCUCGCUGCGAGGAGGAUGCCAGGAAAAUAGUCGACGACUUGUUGGACCAAAUCGCUCCUCCCCAGGCCGCCUUUCCAGUGGAUAAAGAAUUGGACACCGUGCUUGCUAAGUUCAGGCGCAUUAACGGAAACAUUUGGACCCAGUGGUGGGCCACGCUGUCCGAGAAGGCUAAGCAGGUGUUCACUUCAUUGGUACAAUCGGCUGCAUUGUUCGGCAAGUGA